AUGAGUCGUGGUAGCAACACGUCUUCCCGUAACUCUGCAAUUCAGGCAUCCAUCAUCCCACCAUCCACCCCCCACUACUACUCCACCCCACUACAGCUCCCUCUUUCUUCCUCUUCACAAAAAUCUUCCUCUUCACAAAAAGCUUCCUCAUCACCAUCAAUAGGCCCUUGCCGAUUUCACCAACUGGCAGAUAGCUCGCCUAAUCCCAAAGAACCCCAGACAUGGGCGAAACCGGGAGCGGCUGCUGGCGCGAACAGGGAUGGCGGGGCACCUUCGCAGAUUAGAUGUGCGGUCUGUAAAAAAACGAAGAGCAGGGAGGAGUUCUCCAACCGCCAGCUCCUCAAGUUCACUUCGUACAAUAAGGGCAGUCGAACAACCAAGAAAGAUGUGGAUUCAGUGCAUGUCACUUGUACCCUGUGCACCGCGGGCCAAACCGUUGAGCUCAAAUGCUAUGUUUGCGACAAAGUGAAGGGUUUGCAUGAGUUCGCCAAAAACCAGCGAAAGGACCCAGAUAACGCCAGGUGCAUCAAGUGUGUCGACUCUGACAUUACGGCCGAGCCCGACCUUCAUGCUGAUCAUCCUAAUGUUCCCGUUGAUUCAAGCAGCGAAGAUGAGGAAGAAGAAGAGCACAAUUGGGAUGCUCCAGCAAGGUCGACUGCCAACCAGAUCAGGCCUUAUAGACCUCAGAAUAAGAAGACUGAUUGGGCAUCAACUACCGGUGAGGACGAUGACGAUGAAUAUGACGAUGUCUCAUCUUCUGCUACAUCCCAAUAUAGUGGCCCUCCCAGACAGCAGGGAUUCAACCUUCCAGCACGUCCUGGCACCGCACAGCGUGCUCCGGCUGUGUUUAAUUAUCGUGCUAACCAGCCCUCUAACUCCUACGCUGGCCGUGCUCCUCCUGUCGAAGACGACGACGAUGAAUGGGAAACUAUGUCAAAAACGAAGUCCAUUGGUGGCUCGAGUAGAGCCUCAUCUACUGCCUCGCCCUCCGGUUAUUCAUCACAGCUGCCAGCAACUAGGAAGGGCGGGUGGGCAAAGGUUGCUAAGGGUGUGCCGGAGGGAGAUGACCCGUGGGCCAAUUAUGGCAAAAAGUAG